UAACGUUAGGCGACGAUAGAACGGUUACUCAGGUACACUAGCUAUGUGUUUACAUCUUUCUUCGCGAUUAAAUCCUUCCACCUUUAUGAAUAACACAGCAUCAAUGGAUACUCAGUAGGAGCCAGACUACUCCUAGGAAAAAACGCGGCCUUCACAUUUCUCUUGUUGGUGGCGGUGCAUUACAUAGGUCAUUUCCACGUAUUGUCCUCAGAAUGUUGCUUCAUUUUAGGCAAUAAAAGCUUAUCUCCAACGGAUUUAGGCGAUGUGUCUUAGACUUAUUUACGAAGGACAACUGUUAGGUGAAAUACCCCAUACCUCAGAAGCUGGGUUCAUUAAUUUACAGAGUCUCAUAAAUUUAUUAUAUCUGAGACUAGGACGUCCACUUACACAUGUGGAUUGUAAGUUCUCUAUACCUGCUUAAGGAAUAGUCAAAGUCAACGGCAUCCUGAUCGAAAUAUGACUGUUUCAUGAACUAGUAAUAGAGUUUACCCAAGACGUGAUACAGUGUUCUAUGUGAUUUGCUUCGUAUCUUAGGCAACGUAUUUAGUUUUACAGAGUCUGUGUUAGAUUGUAAAUUUGUUUUAUACAACUAUUUGUUUCGCCCAAAAUAUUUAUAAAAUAUUAUCUUCUGACAUCCGUAUCAUGUAACUAAACAAUUUUCAAAAUUUUGGAAAUUGUACAAGAUGACUUUUGAACGUUUUUCACCAAGGAACCCAUUAGAUAGUGAGAAAUGGAGUAACUUCAGCAUGUAGAGGUAUUUUACCGCGUUUCUCUUUGAUAGCUACAUCUCCAUCUAUUGAUGCCGUGUUACUCAUACAGUUGGAGGGAUUUAAUCGCAAAGAAAGAUGUAAACACACAGCUAGUAUGCCGGAGUAACUGUUCUGAGGUCUGCUUACUGUGCUUUAGACGCAAUCUGUACGGACAUACUUACAGAUCGUCUUCAACUGGUUUGAUAACAACCCGUCGUCAUGGAAAAGCCAUCUGAUGAUGAGAGAAGUGAAAAUAAUGGAGAGCAAGCAGACAAUAAUGCUGAAGUGAACCAUUUCGAAGAAAUAAUAAUAAUAAAUGAUGAUGAUGAAGAUGCUGAAGAGCAACAGAACAUUAUUUAUGAUGAUGUAGGUGUCAACCAGCCAGAGAACAUUGUUCAAGAUUAUGUGGAUGUAAAUCAGCAACAGUAUUAUGUUGAUAAUAACCAAGGCAUAAACCAGGAGGAGUACUUUGUUAAUCAAGAUAUAAACGAAGACCAAAUGCAUGCAAACUGGAAUGAGCAAGAUCAGUACAUGGAAGAAGACAUCGGAGGAAUACCACUUCAUGAUGAGGAAAUGUUUGAAGAGGCAGAUGAGGACUCAGAUGAUGAGAUCAUCUACACUGUCGAAGUAGCACAGAAACAGUUAUCCCUAACUACAUACACCAUAAGACGAGUAAGAAGACGACGCCGACAUUAAAAUAUCCUAAAUAAUAUCUGCAGUGUCGCAGUAUUAUAAAGAAUACAUUUACAGUGAACAUAAACUUUUAAAUAUAUAUCUGUAUAACUGUCAUUAAAAUUAGUUUUCAGUUGAAUAAUUUAAGACCAUUAUGUAUCCCACUUUGUAAGUGUAUUGUCGUGAUUUGCCUUAAUAUGCACAAAUGUACUUUUUAU